AUGGCCAAGGCCGAGUCCGAUCUCAGAUCCAUCCUUGAUGGCGGCUUUGAUCCUCAGAAGUUCCCCUGGUACGAACCUGAGUUGAUCGAGGCCCCUGAGCCUGCAAAGACUCUGCUCGAGAAGUACAGCAAAAUCCCGCCUGAUCAGGUGGUGGACCAUGUGAAGAAAGUGGUGAGUCUUUCCAUCCAUGGUGGGAGUGUCUAUGCUAAUAACUAUGGAAUGACCCAGAGAGAUCGAGCAUUUGCUGUGUUCCCGUACCCUUGCAUUGGAUCAUUCCGAUUCCUGGACUUGAGCAUCCCACAAUCACCACUAUACCCCGAGAUCCUUGACAGACUGAAGUCUGGCCAGAAACUGCUCGAUGUUGGAUGUGCGGUGGGGCAAGAGUUGCGUCAACUGGCCUUCGAUGGGGUCCCCUCUGAGAACCUCUAUGCCUCAGACCUGCGCCAAGACUUCUACGACAUUGGGUACGACCUUUUCAACGACCAUGAUCACCUCAAAGCCCAGUUCAUAGUAGCAGACAUAUUCGACGACAACUCCGAUCUAGUGAAGAACCUGACCCACAAAAUUGAUAUUGUUAAUGCGGCUUCUUUCUUCCACCUUUUCAACUGGAACCAGCAGAUUCUUGUUGCGAAGCGGCUCGUCGGGUUACUCCAGGAUAAGCCUGGCUCUCUUCUAAUCGGGCGACAGAUUGGUCUAGUGAACCCUCCUCCUCCGGAAGACGAGGAGGCCGCUGGGAAGCACUAUCGUCAUGAUCCUGCUACGUGGAAGAGAUUCUGGGAGCAGGUGGGUGCUGAAACGGGGACGAAAUGGGAGGUUGAGACCAGGAUGGAGAAGUGGGCUGGGGCAGAUAAGAUGAUGAAAGACUACCAUGAGGGGAUGGACACUUUCAAACUGAGGUUUAGUGUUCGGAGGCUGUGA